GAAACCCCGCCCUUUCCUCAGCUCGCCCGCUCCCUCGCUGGCUGCCUGCGUGUGGGGGUGCGGCGCAUGCGCGCUCGGGAGCAGGUCGGUGGCCUGGGCGGAGGAAGUGCGGCUGUGCCGGGGCGCGCGGGCCGGAGCCAGGGGAGCUUUGGCACAGCCCGUAAAGAGGGGAGCCCCCGCCGCGCCGCCCCACAGGUGAGAGGGACGCCAAAACCAUGGAGGCCCCACCGGUUACCAUGAUGCCUGUCACUGGCGGCACCAUUAACAUGAUGGAGUAUUUACUCCAAGGAAGUGUUUUGGAUCAAAGCCUGGAGAGCCUCCUUCACCGGUUGCGUGGUCUGUGUGACAACAUGGAACCUGAGACUUUCUUGGACCAUGAGAUGGUGUUCCUCCUGAAAGGGCAGCAGGCCAGUCCCUUUGUCCUGAGGGCACGGCGCUCGAUGGACAAAACUGGCACACCCUGGCACUUACGCUAUUUGGGACAGCCAGAAAUGGGAGACAAAAACCGCCAUGCUCUAGUGCGCAACUGUGUUGACAUCGCCACCUCAGAGAACCUUACUGACUUUCUGGUGGAGAUGGGCUUCCGCAUGGAUCACGAGUUUGUCGCCAAGGGCCAUGUGUUCCGCAAGGGUAUUAUGAAGAUUGUAGUGUACAAGAUUUUCCGCAUCCUGGUUCCAGGAAACACUGAUAGCAUUGAGCCCUUAUCUCUCUCCUACCUCGUGGAGCUGAGUGUAGUAGCUCCAGCAGGACAAGAUGUAGUUUCUGAUGACAUGCGAAACUUUGCUGAGCAGCUAAAGCCCUUAGUUCACCUGGAGAAAAUUGACCCUAAAAGGCUCAUGUGAGUGAAAAGGACCCAGCAAGUAUGUCUAGUUCCUCUCUCUCCUAAUGGUCCUGGUGAGCAGCAUGUAGAGACUCUUCUUCCAAAAUGACUCUUGAAAGAACUGAGGAGAUUAAAGGUUUUUGGUUUUGUUGAGGGGUAGUGGAGAGGUUGUCUCUGGUGUGUUUUGUCACUGCAGUAAUUGACAGUUGAAUCACUUUUCUCCCCACUUAAUGUUUCCCUUUAUAUAGAUCUACCAUCAGUUUGACAUUUUUUGAAAUUUACUAAUUUGGAAUUUUCUUAUUAAGAAUCCCUUUAAACAGCAUGGAUAGAAACAUUUCUUAAUUUCCUUUAUUACUUCAUAUUAGUGUUUCUGCUUCCAUAUUAAUAAGGGUCUUACUCGCCAGAAAGUGAGAUCCAAAGUAUCAAACAUGCUUAGGUUCACUCCUCUUUCUCAGUGCACAUCUCUGGCUGCUGCCUCUUCAUUUGCAGCAUAGCUGCUUCUAUUCUCAUAGCCUCAUCGUGCAAAGACUGGAAAAGAGCAUGUACAUGAGCUUCAUCCCUCAAGUAAUGGAGGAGUGAUAUCCUAAUGUUACUGCAUGAGACAGGAAAUACAACUAUCAGGAUCAACAAUACAAUGGAACUGACUGCACACUGUUGUCAAAGAGGAGCGCAUCUUUUCCUGCACUAAUUUUUUCAAUUAGCGACCUUAGGUGUUACUUGUAACACUAGCAGAUACAAAACUAAGGUGGAAAUGAGUUUAAGGUAAAGGUGUACCCCUUUAAAAAGUAUAGAUUUUAAAAGCCAGUUUGCUUAGCUAUGUCAUGACCUGAGGUUUUCAAAACUGAGAACUCUCAAAACAUAACUUACUUUUAAUACUGUUUGUUGUAUGUACUUCGCUGUGCUUGGCCUAUGAAAAUAACAGGGUCAGUUUCUCAGGCUGCAGUAGCAGCUUGUAGAUAAUAUUUAAAACAGUGUUUUCAGGGGAAUUUAAAUAAUUCUGUACAUCUAAGGUUUUGCAAAAAGUCAGUUUUAGGAAAACCAAAAUUUUUGGCGCCAGGUUUACCUCACCAUAUUGCCAGUUGCAGAUUUUUUUUUUGAAGUCAUACACUUUGGUGCCUGACCCCUCUGACUGUGUUAAAUGAGUGAAACAAGACCUGGGGUUUGUGUACUCUUUACUGUUAGAGCAAUUGCUGCCUUCAGUUUUCUGCUGUAGUAAAAUUGGAGGCAUUAAAAGACUUAUGACUA